CAUGAAAAAAAAAAAACAAAAUACCGUAAUCCUUAGCAACGCAAAAGUAAACAAACAGAUUGCACAGUUUUCCACCGUAUCCAAAUUGUACCUAAUUGUGUAAUUUUACGUGUAAAGUUCCGAUGAUUUCGGCAGCAUAAUGGACGACCGAGAUUACAAAAGUGUCAUCAUUUACUAUGGACGUGAAAAGUUGUACCGAACAAUGCACCGGACGGUGCUCGAGGCAAUGGCAAAAUAUACGGUGGACACAAGUUUCCGAUACUUCAACGGCAUCGCUCUGGUGUUGGAAGCGAUCAAGCUGCAGGAAGGCAUACGUGAGCUAAGUCACUUGCAGGGUGACAAGGAUUUGGGUUUGGCCGUGGUGCUGAGUCUCAUGUAUGCGCAUAGAAAGUGCAGCGUUAUCGAUAAGGACGAGUUAAGUAAUUUGGAAGCCGCUCUGAAGGAGGAGAAAAAAGGCUUGACGUCGGUAUCGGCUUAUUAUGCAGCGCUGUUCCUGUUUCUGACGGGUAAGAUUGAGAAGGCUCGCGAGUAUGCCGAUAAGGCUCUCCGAUACAAUCCAAACAAUCCGGAUGCGUUGACGUUGAGGGGGUGGUGCGAAAUAUUUAUGAAUAAGAAUAGACCGAUUAUUUUGGAAUAUUUCAGCAAGGCUCUAGAGCAGGGCAAACAAAUCGAUGCUAGCUUCGGUCAAAUUCGGUACCAUCAGUUUAAUAAUGAUUGUGAUACAGCUAUGGGAAUUUUGAACCGGUUGUCGGUGCGUUACCCCGAGCUGAAUAUAAUUCUUGUCGAGAAAAUUCGCUGUUAUUUGGCUAACUGGAACUAUGACAGCGCGGCGGAAACCUCUAUGCGUAUUCUCAAUAUUGAACCUACUAAUAUAGAAGCCUUGAGGGUGAAACUCAUGAUGCUUGUAGUGAAGGAAGGAAACUAUGCGGCUAGUAUAAGUAUAUUGCAGUAUCUGUUUAAAACAAUGGAGAAAACUGAACCUGCUAACGGAGAGCUUUUUAUGCAAACCGGCAAAUUGUUUGCGCGAGUCUGUGGAAGAAACAAAUCUAUCCUAUCGGAAACCUAUCAUUUCCUGGAGAAGGCUCACAAAAUUGAUCCCAACAAUGCUGAUUUUAUUACCGAACUGGGCUUUCAAUGUGUUCUGCGCGGGAAAUUCAAAGAUGCCAGUAAGUGGUUUAAAAUGGCCUCUAAAAUCGACGAUACAUCACUGAGCGCACUGUGCGGUCUAACGCUUUGUCAAAUAACGGAAUCGGGUGUUUCCGAGCAAGUCUUUCAGCAGAUAGAGUUUCUAACGGAAAUUCAGGGGAAAGAUAAGAAUCCAAUUUUACUAUUGAUGUCGGCGAAAACUCACCGCAACGAUCACGAGAAAGCGCAGGCUUUUCUGUUUGCAGCAAGCGAAGUUCAGUUCAAAAAUCUUAAAACCAUUACCUAUGGUUUGGAAUAUUUGCUGGCAUUUGAUCCCGACUUUCUGCUGGAGGUUGUUAAAGAAUUGCUCUUUCAUUCUCCGACGGAAAACGAUAUGCAGAACGAGUUUGUAGAGUCGCUGCAUCCCUCGUUAAGACAUUGUUCGAAUAUUUUGGACGCAGUAGUGAAAGCUUGCCCCGGCCUGGCCGAGGCAAUGUAUUUACUAGCGAAGGUUCAAUUUCUCUGCGGUGAGUUUACGACUGCUGCUAGGACACUGGAAAAGGUGCUGCGUGACAUCGAUGCCACCUAUUCCGAUGCACAUUUGCUCAUGGCUCGGGUUCACAUUCAGCAGAAAUGUUACACAAAAGCGGCUCAAAGUUUGGAGAUGUGUCUUAGUAAGGAUUUUCAAGUACGAGAUAAUCCUAUGUAUCAUUUGCUGCAAGGAAUGGUACUAAAAAACCAACAGCUAUACGAGGAUGCUCUGAAGAGUUUCGUCACUGCAACGAACAUGUGCCCGAAUAGUGCGGAUCAUAUGUCGCCCUCGAAAAAAACCGAAUCGGACAGUGUCCUGUCAACAGCAGACCUUCUAUCGCUGCAUUUGGAAAUUAUCAACACGCAUGUUCUCAUGAACCAACACUCGGAAGCGUUGAAACUGAUGCAUUCGGUAUCGGCUAAAUUCUCCUCCACCACUGAGGAAGGCCGGCUAACCAUCGCGAUAGCGGAUUUUUACAGCCAGCAGGGAAACUUCACAAAGGCAAUCGAACUGCUGAAAACUAUCACUUCGACGGAACCCUAUUACGUGCAGGCUAAAACGAAAAUGGCUCACCUCUAUCUGGUGCACCGGAAGGAUCGGUUGGCGUACGCGCAGUGCUUUAAUGAGUUGGUUUCGCAUAAUCCCGGUGCCUCGAGCUAUCUGAUGCUGGGUGAUGCCUACAUGUCCAUCCAGGAGCCGGACGACUCGAUUGAGGCGUACAAGCAAGCCCAUAAGCAAAAUCCCAAGGAUCCUUCGCUGGCCAGCAAGUUGGGCAGAGCGUACGUUAAGACGCAUCAGUACAAGAAAGCUAUCGCGUAUUAUCAGGAAGCGGUCAGAACUCCAGAGAAUUAUCUUCUCAAACUGGAUUUGGCUGAGUUGUUUCUGAAGCUGAAACAGUACUCUAACGCUGAACAGACGCUGGUGGAUGAGAUGGAGCUCUCUAAGGGAGACAAUGGAGACAUUCUGAGGCUACAGCUGAAAACCAAGCAGUUGUUACUGCUGGCGCGGAUUCGAGAGAAAGCCGGCUAUUUGGCGUCCUCAUUGAAUACAUUGAAGGAGGCGCGUGAUAAUCAGUACAAAAUGUUGAAGCGCUUGUUCGUUGAUCAGCACAGCCAGCAAGAGCAGAACAAUAUUUUGGCUAAAAUUUGUAUUCUAAUGGCUGAGCAAUCAAUUGCACUACGCGACAAUGAGCAAGCAGUUCAUCACUACCACGAAGCGUUGAAGAUUAUGCCCGGCGAUGUUAACGUACUGGUGGCCCUAGCUCGUGCCUAUAUGCAAGUGGCUAACAUGGACCAGUGUCAGUUGAUAUGCGCGGAAAUUCUGCAAAAAGAACCCAAUAAUGAAGCCGCCUCAGUUAUGAUGGCGGACCUUUGCUUUCGAAGGAUGGAUUUCGAGAAUGCUGCUUACCAUUUCUCGCAACUUCUGGUAUCCCAACCGACCUAUUGGACGGCUUUAACCCGACUUAUCGAGGUAAUGCGCCGCUCGGGAACUUUGAGCGACGUUCAGCCAUUUUUUAGUCGAGCUGAAGAACUUUGUAAUCGCCCCGAAACGGAGGCCGGACUGAACUACUCUAAAGGACUCAAUGAUUGGUACAAUGGUAACCCGAACAGUGCCUUGCGGUUCUUCAACAACUGCCGCAGAGACCCCGAGUGGGGUCAGCAAGCAAUUUAUAAUAUGAUCGAAAUUUGUCUCAAUCCUGACGGUGAUUUACCAAAUGAAGGCGUAGUUGAUAUAGCAGUGGAUGAUCUGGAGAUAAAAGAUUCCCGGGCUAUGGCUCUAAAAACGGCUGAGAGACUUUUGAAGGAGCUCAAACCACGCCCUGGGGUCAUUGACAAUGCUGCACUGAAUCAUCGUUUGUUGCAAAACUUUCACCUGCUUGCGUCGAAGCAGAAGAUCAAUAUUGACCGCGCUUUGCAGGAUUUUACAGCAAUUCUCUCACAGGAGGAAUAUAAAGAACAGAUAGGCGCCGUGUACGGCGUUGCAUCGGCCUACGUAAUACUGAAACAAUCCCAGCGGGCCAAAAACCAGCUGAAACGGAUUGCCAAAAACAGCUGGACAUUCGAGGAGGCCGAUUAUCUCGAAAGGUCCUGGUUGCUGCUGGCAGAUUUGUACCUUCAAGCCGGUAAGUACGACAUGGCCACCGAUUUGCUGUCCCGUGUGUUGGAUCACAAUAAAUCGUGCUCCAAAGCGUACGAACUUUUGGGACUCGUUUCUGAGAAGGAACAGAACUAUCGAAUGGCAAGUGUGCACUAUGAGCUGGCGUGGAAAUUUUGCGCCAAAUCAAAACCGAACAUCGCCUACAAGUUGGCUUUUAAUUAUAUGAAAACGAAACGGUACGCCGAUGCGGUCGAUAUUUGCCAGCAGGUUUUGAAGGCUCAUCCGGACUAUCCGUCGAUCAAAAAAGAUAUUCUUGAUAAGUGCAGGAAUAAUUUGAAGAAUUGAAGAACAACAGGUAUUGUAAUACCAUUUUCAAAUAAUUAUAAUAAUUCUUCAUCACAAGUGAUACUCAACUAACGAUUCCGUCCAUUUCUACAAUAUACAUUUAUUGGAAUAAAUUAUUCAACAUCUCAUAUUAAUUUA